AUGGCGGACGAAGAAGAAACUGAUCGGAAUCCUAGCUUCUUUGUGGCAGUCCAUGUUGGAGCGGGAUUUCACUCCCCGUCGAACGAGAAAUCUCUUAGGUCCGCCAUGAAACGGGCCUGUCUCGCUGCUGCUUCUGUGCUUCGCGUGGUAUUUUCUCUUGAAUCUCCUUCCUAUGCCGCUUGUAUCGCCCAGAAUCUCUAG